CAACCACAGUUGGUACAGUACACAGUUAAAACGAAACAUUUCUCCAGAACCAUAGUGCUACAUAAAACAUCACAGGACUACAAAUACAACAAAGUGCAAGAAUGCAGUAAGUGCAAACAUUGCAGACAAUAAACUACACACAACAUAAAGUGCAGAGAACAAGGACAGUGCAAAAACAACUAGCACAGACAGCAGUAUAUUGCCAACCAGUACCUCUUACUGUUAAUGUGCAGAAAUUUGAGUGUACGUAUUGAGGUAGUGUGUUUAAAAAAGGAAUAAAUAAAUGUCAACAUAUUGUGUGUGAGAAGCAUUGUAAAAGUGAUAGUGCAUUAUUGUUCACUGUGCAAAGAUUGCAGAGGGAGUGGUGUGAUCAACAGUCUGUAUGUAUCAGUCCAGUCCCUCAGAGUUGCGGAGUCUGAUGGCAUGAGGGAAGAAACUGUUAGAGUCUGGCUGUGAAGGCUUCGGUACCUUUUUCCAGAUGGCAGGAGGGUGAAGAGAUUGUGUGAGGGGUGCAUGGGGUCAUCCACAAUGCUGGUAGCUUUCCAGAUACAGUGUGUGGUGUAAAUGUCCAUGAUGGGAGGGAAGAGACUCCAGUGAUCAUCUUCUGUCCUCACUAUCCACUGUAGGGGCUUGCGAUCCGAGACUGUGCAAUUCCCAAACCAGAUCGUGGUUCAGCUCUCAAUAGUCCCUCUGUAGACCAUUGUGAGGAUGGCUGAUGGGAGAUGGGUUUUCCUCAGCCUCUGUAGGAAGUAGAGACGCUGCUGGGCUUUCUUGGCUAUGGAGCUGGUGUUGAGGGACCAGAUGGGAUUCUCUGCCGAGUGAACAAAGACAGGUUGUUGACUCUGCACCAGUCUGAUAGCCAGUGUGACGGUUAUCGUCAAACACAACGCUCGCCCGGCAAUAUGGCCGGAUAAACAAAUCCGCAGUUACGAUGACGUCAUGUGAAAGGCCCCAUACGUGUGAAUUCUCUCUCACACACCUCUCUAUCACCCUCACUUUCUUUCACUCUCUCACAUAUACUCUCUCUCACACACUUCUCUCUAUCACACUCUCUUGCUCUCUAGCACACGUUCUCUCCCACACACACACAUACACACACCUUUCACUCACUCUCUCACACUCUCUCCCUUUCUCUCUCUCUCUCUCUCUGACAAAAUGCAGCCUGUCAUUUUACAGAGAAACUGGAAAGCAUAAACUCCUGUCCUGAAGACUGGCCUGUGCUGAGUAACUUGACAAGCUUGACAAAGCAUUGCGACUGUUGCAAAAUGUUUAUAACUAAGCCCCUUUCCAUAAAUGUUAAAUAAUUGUCCUAUAGCAAUGUCACCAAAUCAACGGUUAGAGGUUUCACUUUGUUUAACAACACCUUUCUGUUAAAUCCUCUUAUUAUUAGCCUUGGAUUAUGUGGAGUGUAUGCUGUAUGAAUCCCUGUGUAUGAGCUGUUACUACAGAAGCAAUAACCUGGCAGAGAAAGGGAAGUCCUUUGUGGAUAUUCAGGGCCUCACAGCCUCCACCAUGGAGAUCCUGUUGGACUUUGUUUACACAGAGACCGUGCUGGUUACUGUAGAGAAUGUGCAGGAGCUGCUUCCUGCUGCCUGCCUGCUCCAGCUUAAAGGUGUGAAGAGAGCUUGCUGUGAUUUUCUCAACAGUCAGCUAGACCCAUCCAACUGUCUUGGCAUCCGAGACUUUGCAGAGACGCAUAACUGCGUGGACCUGAUGCAGGCAGCAGAGCUUUUCUCUCAGAAGCACUUUUCCGAGGUGGUGCAACAUGAAGAGUUCAUGCUCCUCAGUCAGAGCGAAGUGGAAAAGCUCAUUAAAUGUGAUGAGAUUCAGGUGGACUCUGAGGAGCCAGUGUUUGAGGCCGUGCUAAAUUGGGUAAAACACAACAGGAAGGAACGAGAGCCAUACCUGGCGGACAUGCUGGAGUAUGUGCGCAUGCCUCUGCUCACGCCACGCUACAUCACUGACGUCAUUGACUCCGAGCCUCUUAUUCGUUGUAGCCUAGCCUGCCGAGACCUUGUGGAUGAAGCAAAGAAGUUUCACCUGAGGCCUGAGCUACGCAGUGAGAUGCAGGGGCCUCGAACACAACCCAGACUAGGUGCCAAAGAAGUGCUGUUGGUGAUCGGUGGGUUUGGCAGUCAGCAGUCACCCAUUGACGUUGUGGAGAAAUAUGAUCCCAAAACCCAGGAGUGGAGUUUUCUACCUAACAUUGCACGAAAACGGCGUUAUGUUGCCACUGUUGCCCUCAAUGACCGUGUGUAUGUGAUUGGAGGCUAUGACGGUCGGUCACGUCUCAGUUCAGUCGAGUGUUUGGACUACACAGCAGAUGAAGAUGGAGUUUGGUACACUGUCGCCACAAUGAAUGUUCGACGAGGCCUGGCAGGAGCAACUACGCUAGGAGAUAUGAUCUAUGUGGCUGGGGGUUUUGAUGGCAGUCGGCGGCACACCAGCAUGGAGAGAUAUGACCCAAACAUUGAUCAGUGGAGCAUGCUGGGGGAUAUGCAGACAGCCAGAGAGGGAGCUGGGCUUGUAGUGGCCAGUGGACUCAUCUACUGCUUGGGUGGUUAUGAUGGUUUGAACAUCCUUAAUUCGGUGGAACGCUAUGACCCACACACAGGCCACUGGACCAGCGUGACUCCCAUGGCCAACAAACGUUCAGGUGCAGGGGUGGCUCUACUAAAUGACCACAUUUACGUAGUUGGAGGGUUUGAUGGCACGGCUCACCUGUCCUCUGUAGAGGUGUACAAUAUCCGGACAGACUAUUGGACUACUGUGGCACCCAUGACCACUCCACGCUGCUAUGUUGGAGCCACCGUGCUUAGAGGUCGACUAUACGCCAUUGCAGGAUAUGAUGGCAACUCCCUGCUCAGCAGUAUUGAGUGUUACGACCCUGUACUGGACAGCUGGGAGGUAGUGACCUCCAUGGCUACACAGCGCUGUGAUGCAGGGGUUUGUGUCCUUCGAGAGAAAUGAAAACAUGGCUGCCAGACAUUAAACAGGCAAAGACUCACUGGGAUCGGUUUUUGGAGUAUUGAUUGGCAGCUAACGCCCGUGACUGAUCUACUAUGUUGCCAUGACUAUGUGCCACAUGUAUUAGCAUGGAAGAGGAAAGCAACCUGGAAACCCAGAUCACACGAACACCCCUUUCUUCAUUACUAUGCUGUAAUUUUAACUUCAGACUUUGGAUGUGUUUCCAUGUUUGUGAUGGGCACACUGUGUUGUCUGCCAAAAUGUCUGCACUCUCCAUCCAUUACCCUCUGGUUCUGUGAUGUCUGAGGUUAUCUGUGAGGUUCAUGCGGAUUAAAUCUAUAAAGUGCAAUAUUUUAAACUACUGAUGUGUUAAAGACUAAAAAUGCAGAAGAACACGAAUGUGUACUUCAGCAGUUGCUGCUUUUAUACCUUAUAGCCCUUAUGGGCAAAUAUUUCAACAUAUCACACCACAGGCCUCCUGGCUUUGCUAUGUAGGAAUACAAGGUGUGAUUGAAAAUACGGACCUGUUAGGAUUGUAAAGGAAGACAUCACUACUUCUGACUGGAAUUGAACAAUGUACAAAGGUGUCCUUGUUGACACCAAGGUCUUCACUGUCCUUUCCUGCUUUCUUGGUCUCCCAGCCUCUACUAAGAGAAGUACCGUAACUACUCUACACCUUGCCUCAUGUUUUAAAGGUACAGUAAGUAGAAGCGAACAAAUGUUAAGAAAAUAUUAACACUACUAGAAGUGUGGCGUGUGUGUUUUUAUAAAUCAAGGAGGUUUCAAGCUUUUUCCAUAGUUAUGCAACCAGCUUUGUUGAUAAAAUGACUGAAAGGCGUGUGUGGGGGGGGAGUUACUUGGUGUACCUUUAAAUCCUUGGGAUUGCCAUACAGUGAACAUUCAUGUAUGUACUGUGUAUUGUUUUUUUCCCUUUCCUCCACAUGAAGUGCUUUUAAAUGUGAAUCUGAAUGAAUGUGUGGAUUUACUUAAAUGUUUGUUACACAGAUCAUGAAUAUCUGUUAAUUAUUUGUAUUAGUAUGAACAUAUAUAUGCUCAUUUUCAUGAGUGACCAAUGACAUGUUGUUGUAAUGUUUUGCAAUAUGUACAGUGCCAAGACUAACAUAACUGUAAGUUGAAUAACUUGCCACCAAGUGUAAUAAAAUGUAUGCACAUCA